GUCAGAGAGCUGCUGAUGAAGAUGAAGGAGCUGUUCCUCUUCCUCUCCUGUGUCCUCUGUGUCUCUGCUGACGCUCUGCACAGUGACAUUGCUAUCAAUGGCUGUUCAGACUCUGAUGGAGAGUUCAUGUAUGGACUGGAUGGUGAAGAGAAAUGGUACGCAGACUUCAACAAACAUACAGGAGUGGACGCUCCGCCAGACUUCAUAGGAAGUUUUAAUUACCAGGAAGGAGCUUAUGAAAACGCUGUGGCUAAUCAACAAAUCUGCAGAGCUAACCUGAAGGUUGACAGUAAAGGGAUGAAAGACUUCCCUCUAGAACAUGAUGCUCCUUCAGGUGUGAUGAUCUACACCAGAGAUGAGGUGGAGUUUGGAGAGGAGAACACUCUGAUCUGUCAUGUGACUGGUUUCUAUCCUGCUCCUGUCAAUGUCUCCUGGACCAAGAAUGAGCAGAAGGUCACACAAGGAUCCAGCAUCAACGUUCCCUAUCCCAACAAAGAUGGGACCUUCACCCAGAUCUCCAGACUGGAAUUCACCCCACAGCUGGGAGACAUCUACAGCUGUAAAGUGCAACAUCUGGCCCUGACACAACCACUGACCAAAAUCUAUGAGGUGGAGGCAUCUGCUCGCUCUGAUCCAGGUGUUGGACCCUCUGUGUUCUGUGGAGUGGGUCUGACUGUGGGUCUGUUCGGUGUGGCUGCUGGAACCUUCUUCCUCAUCAAAGGAAAUGAGUGCAGCUGAUUGGCUCACAGUGAUGAUGUCAUCAUAGUUCUAUAUUGAGCUCAUAAUCAGUGUAACUGUCCUGUAUGUAAGUGUUUGAUCUAGCAGAUGUUACCUGGACUCUGUUCCUGCCACAAAAACAAAGAAGAUAAAAGUCAAAUUGAUGUUGCUGAAAUCAGUUUUAUCUGAACUCAGUCUCAGGUGAUCUCAGUGUGUUCAUAAACUGCUAUAAUGUGUCCUUGUUUAUCAAACUUUCAGAUUUUCAUGUAUUAAUAAAAACAUCUGAGUAAUAAACACAAA